AUGGAGAAAGAGGAAGAGGAGGAGAUUCAGGAGCUACCUGGAAAAAGCCUCUCACCAAACCUUGGCCUGCAAGGCCCUUCAAGUGAAGAGCCUCCAGAAACGAUGCAGCGGGGAAAAGCCUUUGAGCAAAAUCCCCCUCAGAGGAACGGGGAGAGACUCUCCAGGUGCUCCGAGUGCGGGAAACCCUUUGCUUACCGGUCCCUCCUUUUGAUCCACCGGAAGCUGCACACGGGGAACGGAUCCCAUUUGUGUUCGACAUGUGGGAAAUCCUUUCCUGAAGUGUGGGCCUUUGCCAAGCAUCUCAGGAGCCAUCCUGAACUGAGGCCUUACAAAUGCGGAGAGUGCGGGAAGCGUUUUGCUAAAGGCUCGGACCUUGGAGCCCAUCAGCGGAUCCACCAGGGAAAGAGACCUCGGGAAUGCCAGAACGGGUGGAAAACACUGGGCUUGUCUCAGAGGUCAGAGCUGCUUCAACAUCAGGAAAUCCACCCAGGAGAGAAAUCUUACAAGUUCGGGUGCCUGGGAAAACCUCUGACCAAAGGUUUGCUUACAAAUUGCCUCUGGUUGCCAAGCACUGCAAGUGAGCAGCCUCCAGAAACGAUGCAGCGGGGAAAACCCUUUGAGCAAAAUCCCCCUCAGAGGAACCGGGAGAGACUCUUCACGUGCUCCCAGUGCGGGAAACCCUUUGCUUACCGGUCCCUCCUUUUGAUCCACCGGAAGCUGCACACGGGCAAUGGAUCCCAUUUGUGUUCGACAUGUGGGAAAUCCUUUCCUGAAGUGUGGGCCUUUGCCAAGCAUCUCAGGAGCCAUCCUGGACUGAGGCCUUACAAAUGCGGAGCGUGCAAGAAGCGUUUUGCUAAAGGCUCGGACCUUGGAGCUCAUCAGCGGAUCCACCAGGGAAAGAGACCUCAGGAAUGCCAGAACGGACGGAAAAGACUGGGCUUGUCUCAGAGGUCAGAGCUGCUUCAAUGUCAGGAAAUCCACCCAGGAGAGAAAUCUUACAAGUUCGGGCAAGGCGGGAAGGGCCUCCCUCAGAAGUCCCAGCUUUGGCUCCAUGAGAAGGAUCACCAAGAAAUAAAGUCUUACCGAUGCUUUGCGUGUGAAAAAACCUUCCCUGAAAGUUCCUCUCUUCGGAAACAUGAGAGUCAGCACACUGCUCCGGGAAGGGGAGAGUGUCCAGAAUGUGGGAAGUUUUUCACUUGGAAAUUAAGCCUGGAGCUACCUGGAAAAAUCCUCUCACCAAACCUUGGCCUGCAAGGCCCUUCAAGUGAGCAGCCUCCAGAAACGAUGCAGCGGGGAAAACCCUUUGAGCAAAAUCCCCCUCAGAGGAACGGGGAGAGACUCUCCAUGUGCUCCGAGUGCGGGAAACCCUUUGCUUACCGGUCCCUCCUUUUGAUACACCGGAAGCUGCACACGGGGAACGGAUCCCAUUUGUGUUCGACAUGUGGGAAAUCCUUUCCUGAAGUGUGGGCCUUUGCCAAGCAUCUCAGGAGCCAUCCUGAACUGAGGCCUUACAAAUGCGGAGAGUGCGGGAAGCGUUUUGCUAAAGGCUCGGACCUUGGAGCCCAUCAGCGGAUCCACCAGGGAAAGAGACCUCGGGAAUGCCAGAACGGGUGGAAAACACUGGACUUGUCUGAGAGGUCAGAGCUGCUUCAACAUCAGGAAAUCCACCCAGGAGAGAAAUCUUACAAGUUCGGGCAAGGCAGGGAGGGCCUCCCUCAGAAGUCCCAGCUUUGGCUCCAUGGGAAGGAUGACCAAGAAAUAAAGUCUUACCGAUGCUUUGCGUGUGAAAAAACCUUCCCUGAAAGUUCCUCUCUUCGGAAACAUGAGAGUCAGCACACUGCUCCGGGAAGGGGAGAGUGUCCAGAAUGUGGGAAGUUUUUCACUUGGAAAUUAAGCCUGGUGCGACAUCAGAGAAUUCACUCCGGGGAGAAACCCUACGAAUGCCCAGAAUGUGAGACACGGUUUUUGUAUACUUAUGAACUUGUAAAACACCAAAUGACGCACAAAGGAGAAGAAUGUGAGGAGGAUGGGAAACAAUGUCUCUCACGGACACAUACUGGGAUUCAUCAGAGCAGCCACACAGGAGAGAAGCCCUACAAAUGUGGGGAGUGUGGAAACUCCUUUGCUCAAAAGGGAGGCCUCUUUGAACAUCAGAAGAUCCACUUAGGGGAGAAGCCCUUUCAGUGCGUCGAGUGUGAAAUGUUUUUUCAUACAAGAGGAGGCCUCAAACGCCACGGGCAGGUUCACAAAGGGGCCAAAGAUUACAAAUGUUUAGACUGUGGGACAGCGUUUGCUUAUUUGUCCACCCUUAGAAAACACAACCGCAUAAAGCACGUAGGAGUGACGUCCCUGAAAUGUUUGGAGUGCGGUAAGUGUUUUUCCAGGAAUGACAGCCUUUUGAGGCAUCAGAGAAUUCACACCAGAGAAAAACCUUAUCAAUGCCUGGAGUGUGGAAAAUCCUUUCCUUACAAAGACUAUCUUAAAAUCCACGAGAGAGUUCACACAGGAGAGAAGCCUCACACCUGCAGGGAAUGUGGGAAGGACUUCGUUCGUAGUUGUGACCUUCGGACUCAUGAGGAGAUUCACACAGGACUAAAACCUCAUAAGUGCUUUGAGUGUGGAAAAACCUUCGGUUGGAGUUCGUCUCUACGGAGGCAUAAGAAAACACACAAAAGGCAGAAAAAAGAAGCCCAAAAGAAAACACAUUAA